UUGAAUGGUUACAAAUCUUAAAAAUUAAUUUUAGAUAAAAAUAAGAAAUCACCAUGAAGUCUUUCAUCUUCGUCUCUCUCCUUAUGAUUUCUGGUUCACUUGGUCUACAAUGUUUCAAGACAAACUCUGGGAGCGGGAAUAUUGAAAUAGAAGAAUGUGCUGCUUCUAGUUCUUCAGCAGUUUGUUUCAAGACGGUUUCUAACUCCGGAGAAAAAAUGAAGGGAUGUCGAGACAGACCUGAGUCAGGGUAUGGUAUGAACAAGUGUAAAUGGUCAGUGACUACACUUCCUGAGAGAGUACCUUCAGAAAAUAGAGAGUUUGAUCCUCCCAUCAGCAGUGGCGGAGCAGGAGGCGACACCGAUGAUAUUGCUAUACGAUGUCAAUGCAACACAAACCUAUGCAAUGGGUCAACCUCACUGAUCCCAUCCAACCUUAUUAUCAUGCUUAUAUUCUCAUAUAUCGGCUUUGUCUGCAUGAAAUAAUUAUAGAAGCUGUAACUUUUUAUUCGAUUUAUUUAUAUUUAGAAAUAUUUUAUAUGUAUAGGCUUGGCAAGAUAUCUAAUACAGGGUUACCCACAAAGGAUAAGACUUCAUGAGACGAUUGAAUAAAACUGUCAAUUUUCUUAAUUUUAUGAUUCUCUGUCCCAGUAAACUGGUUUCUUUCUUAUUGCUAAAUUAGAAAGUAAGCCAUUAAAAUUUAAGUUAGAAAAUUUGACUUAACCUAAUUAUAUUUUAAGAGUUUCUAGUCUUCAACUUUACAAUCUCAUACUUUGUGAGUAACCCUGUACAUCUAUCUAUUUUGUAAUUAGAGCUGUGAUCUUAAUUAAACACUAAAAAUAUCCUAAUCUAUACCUUGCCUACGAUGCUUGCUUUUUAGAAUUCUGUAAAAAUAUAUAUGAGACGUACAUUAAUAAAGGAUAAAUUAUCA